AUGGAUAAGCUCAUCAGCGCCGCUAAGGAUUACCUUGAUGAUGACAAGGACAAGCGUCAGGACCAGCAGCCACAAGGAUACGGACAGCAACAGGGCUAUGGUGAAGGACAGCAACAACAAGGCCACGGCCAACAGCAGGGCUAUGGACAGCAGAGUGGCUACGGAAAAGAGCAAGGCCAGUAUGGUCAGCAACAGCAGUACCCUCCUGCUGGCGGCAUCCAGGCUCAAGGUGGUGGUGGUUUCUCUAGCUUCACGGACGGAAACGUCGACUUCGACAACGCCAAAGAAGAGGCUCACCAGAAGGCCGGAUCUUCUGGUGACAAGGAUCUCUUUGGCAGCAUUCUAGGCGCUCUCGGGCAGAAGCAGAACAAGCUUGCUGACGAGGAUCUUGACGAAGAGGAUGCCAUCAAGCAGCACAAUGAGACUUACAACAACGACCAAUCUCAGCAGGACGGCAAGAGCUUGGGCACCGCUGCGGCUAUGCAGGCCCUGAAGAUGUACACCCAGGGUCAAGGUCAGAGCAGCACUGGUAACAGUAACAGCCAGACAGCAUUCCUGGGUCUUGCCUUGGCGGAGGCGAGCAAGCUAUUCGACAACAAGGCGGCAUCGGGCAAGGUUUCCGAUGGAACUAGCAAGGAAAGCGUCGUCCAGCAGGCUGGUGAAGUUGCCCUGAAGAUGUAUUUCAAGAACCAGGCUGGUGGCGGUGGACAACAGGGCGGCGCUGGAGGUCUCAUGGGACUGGCUACUAAGUUCCUGGCUAAAUAG